GUGGCGUCACGUGACCUCCCCUUGGUAACGCAAGAUGGCGGCGCCCAUGCUGCUGCCCGAGUCCCCUCUGGGGAAGCUGAGCCAUCAAAAAUACAGAGCUAUCCUGAAGAAGGAGAAACGGAAAAAAAAGCGUCAGGCACUUGCUAAACUCAGAGAUUCAGAAGCUACAGAAAAAGAUGAAUCAAUGUCUGAGGAGGAAGAGGAUGAGCUGGAAGAGGAGGAGGAAGAAGAGGAAGAAGAGAAAAAACUUGAGGCAGAAAGACAAAAACUACAUGAGCAGUGGUUGCUAAGAGAAGAAAAGGCCCAAGAAGAGUUCAAACUUAAGAAAGAAAAAGAAGAGGCUGCGAGAAAACGUCAGGAAGAAGAAGAGAGAAAGAUCAAAGAAGAAUGGGAAGAAGAGCAACGAAAAGCGAGAGAAGUGGCACAGCAGAAGCAACAGCAGAAGAGAGAAAGAGAGGCAGCAGUGCAGAAGAUGCUGGAUCAAGCUGAAAGCCAGCUGGAAAAUGGUAUUACCUGGCAUAACCCAGAGCCCCCAGAGAACAUAGGAACAGAGAAGGACAGAGCAAAUUGCCCAUUCUAUAUUAAAACUGGUUCCUGCCGAUUUGGAGACAGGUGUUCUCGCAAGCAUAACUAUCCCACCUCCAGUAAGACGCUGCUCGUCCGAGGAAUGUUCCUUACCUUCGGCAUGGAGCAGUGCCGGAGAGACGACUACGACACGGACGCGAGUCUGGAAUACAGCGACGAGGAGACCUACCAGCAGUUCCUGGAGUUCUACGAGGACGUGCUCCCCGAGUUUCAGAAUGUGGGGAAGGUUGUUCAGUUCAAGGUCAGUUGCAACUACGAGCCUCACCUGCGAGGAAACGUCUACGUGCAGUACCAGACGGAGAAGGACUGCCAGGCGGCGCUCGCCCUCUUCAGCGGACGCUGGUACGCGGGGCGACAGCUUCACUGCGAGUUCUGCCCCGUGACGAGGUGGAAGACUGCGAUCUGCGGCUUAUUUGAAAGGCAGAAGUGUCCACGAGGGAAACACUGCAACUUUCUUCACGUAUUCAAAAAUCCACACAAUGAUUUAUGGGACGCCAACAGAGACAUACGCGCUUCUCCUGAGCGGACUAAUCAGUUGUCCAAAAACUCUGAACGGAGAAGCAGAACGAGCCAUCGUGACGACUAUUACAGCCGGUCGAGGAGGAGGGGCAGCCCUAGCCCUGAACAUUCGUACCGGAGAAACGGAGAGUCCGAGAGGAAAAAGAACAGCCGCAAAAGCAAGAAAAGGCGCCGCUCUGGCAGGUCGAGAAGCCGGGAGCGGAGGAGAUCCCGCAGCAGAGGGAGGAGGAGGAGAGGCCGCAGCCGCAGCAGGAGCCACAGUCGAACACGCAGUAGGAGCAGAAGUCGCAGUUCUUCUCGCUCCAGGAGCAGGGGUAAAAAGAGAUCGAGCAGCAGAGGAAAAAGUAGUGAGACUCCUAAAACAAAGUGAGAAUUACUUUUAGAAAUUUGCUAAUUGAUCAAACUUAGAGCUGACAAAUCUUUCCAAUAGGGCACCAGAUAUAUUUGAGUUACAAAUAAAGUGUUCUUGCACAUUAAAAUCAGUUUCUUCCUAAUAAAGGAACCUAGUUUAUUGUGUGCUAAGCUUCAGAAAAUUAAAAGUUUUAAGUCCUUUUUAAGGUGUGAAUGUCAAGUACUCUAGCUACUCUGUCCCUCUGAACUACUGCAACAUCUGAACGUGUUUGAGUACAAAAUAGAAAGA